AUGUACAAUAAUUUACUACUGUAUUACAUAGUAGUAGUAUUAUCGAUAACAUUCUAUGAUGGCACAUUUAUUUAUACAUUACAACAUGCGACAACCAACGCGAACAAAGCAGUUCUUUUGAGAAGCAGAGUAAUUCAGACAAACCAAGCUUUCAAGGUUGAUGAACAUUCAUUGAACAAAAUGCAGGAUGAUGAAGGAGAUUUAAAGCUUUCUAAGGAAUUCCCAGUACUUGACACACUGAUAUCUUCGGAAGGAGAUAAAGAUCCAUCAGAUAGCAUAAAUCCAAAAUUAGAAGGCCCAUCUUCAAGAACUAACAUUUAUCACAAUAAUAAUAAUAAUAACAGAAAGAAUAAAAUAAGUGGACAGCGUUUACCAAAAGAUUCCAGUCUACUUGAUUCAUAUUGGCCUAAUUCUAAUGUUGGAAACAUAUUUGACAUAGGGUGGGAUCCGAAUCCACCUAAAGAAACUGAUUCACAAGAGGAUUUAGUACAACCAGAUGAAACACAUUUAGAGGGUGUUCCAAUCUUUAUUCAGCAUCCUAAACCACUAUAUUAUACAACGAAAAAUAAACCAGCUACAAUUGAAUGCGUCGCUGAACCAGUUUCACAUGCCGCUAUCAAAUGUGCUGAACAAACAAUACCAUACAAAGGUCCCGGUGAGUCCGGAAUAUUGGAGAUUCAAAGAUUGAACUCAGAUAAUUUACCAGAUCCAGAUGGUAAACGUUGGAAAUUACGCUUGGAAGUCAGAGCUAAAGAUGUGGAGGAAUGGUUCGACACAUAUGUUUGCCAUUGUGAAGCGUGGAACAAAGUAGUUAAACUACAAAGACCAAAGAAAGUUAUCAGCAAUACGACAGAAAUUAAAGAAGCAUAUUUAGAUGAAAAAUUCCAACUGGAACCGGUUUCUACAGAUUUAGCUGUCAGUAAACGUCUUGUGCUAACGUGCCUACCACCUGAAGGAGAUCCUAAUCCUGAAGUUUAUUGGUUAAAAGAUGGAAAGCGUGUUGAUACUAAAUCGUUUCCACAUAUUGUAAUUAAUGACUAUAAUCACUUGAUCAUAGAAAAUACAACAACUGCAGAUAGUGGAAAUUAUACUUGUGUAGCAGCCUGUCUUAAUGGUGAGAAAAGACGUGCAGUUGCUCGAGUCAAUAUUUUCCCCUACAAUUCUGCCAUGAAUCGACCGGUAGGUGGUGAUUUGACUAACUGGGGUGAGUGGGGAACAUGCUAUAAAGUCAUAGCAGAAGGAAGCAAUGCUCGAACAGUUUGUCAACAAACCCGUCAUCGUAUAUGUGCCAAUCAAAUAACAUCAAAAAAUGAAUUUAAAUCAAUUGAUAUGAGUAAUCUAAUAACAGAUCAGUGUCCUUUACCUUUAUUCCAGACAAGAAAUUGCUCUUCCAGUCAGUGUAUCAAUUCCAUGAAUAACGUCGUUCUCAAGGGAAUUCACCUUUCAGAUAUAAAAUCACCAACUACUACAUUAAAAAUAUCAAGUUCACAAAUGUUUAAAACUGGAGAAAUCGCAAUUUAUGUUGGUUUAUUUUUGUCCUUAGCCGUGCUAUUAGCGGUUAUUGCUCUAAUAACUAGGCGAAAAAGUUUGAAAUUUUCUACUGCUCGGGCGAUUCGUUAUUCUGCUUGUCUUCAUAGUAAACGUUCAUGUCGACAAGAGAUAGUUAAUAAAAAAGCCCAAGACCUGCUAUUACCCGGUGACAUGUCACAAACUAUGAUUACAAUAAUGAAUCCAAGUGUGGCCGAUACACAUAAUCAGGAAAUGAACAGAAUGAAACCAAGUUAUAAUAGUAACAAUAUAAAUAGUAAAACGUUUGGAGUAAAUGUAAUAAACGGUGCAAUUAAUGGUGUACUAUUUCAACACCAAUUCAACACUACUCCAAUCAACAAUAUUCCUCUAAGUACAGCUGGACAGAGUUUGGUCUUUUCUAAUGGAACAUCUUUGGGGACAGCGACGUCAAUUUUAGCAAACUUACCACCACCACCUGCUCCGCCACCUCCUCCUCCGACUCCACCACCACCACUACCUCUAUCCUUACCACCGAUUCCAACUACAUCAAUCAAUUUCGAUAGUAGUCACGGAGCAUCAGAUAUUUCCGGUUAUACUGGAUUUCCGAGUACCUUGCCAAGUACACAACAUUUUAUGAAUCUGGCAUCUUGUCAAAUAAAUGGAUAUUUGACCUCUGACCCAUAUUUACAAACAAAUAUCGAGUUUAAUAACCAAGUGGUGAAUUCAGGAACUGAACCUACAUAUGUUGAAUCAGAAGUUGGGCUAUCCAGAAUAGGUUGUGGACCACACUUCUCAACACCUUUAGCUGUUAGCAAUUUAGGUGGUCCAAUCGAGAGUUCUUCUGGUCCUUCUACAGCAAACACAGGUACAACUGUUACUGCAAUUGGAUCAUGUAAUGGAGGAAGCAACGCAGUUUCAUCUGAUCGAUCAAUUUUAUGUGAAUUUAAUGAUCCUCUAGAAUUGGAUACGACUAUUCGUAAAACUAUAUCAUGCGAUGGUGACCAACUAGCUUUGCCACGAUCAGGUAUUUUCUUGACCAUACCACAAGGUGCACUACAAUCGAAUUCGCUCGUUGAAGUUUAUCUGGCAGUGUGUAGAGAAGAUAAACAUCGUCCUACAUUAGGUGAUCAUCAAACGUUACUAAGUCCCGUUAUUCAAUUCGGACCAGUGGGCUUAAAUCUGUUAAAACCUGUACUCUUAUCGUUUCCUCAUUGCGCUGAAUUAAAUCAAAGUAAUUGGUUAAUACGAGUCUUGGCAUUAGGACCGAAUUUGAAUCGUUCACCUAACAAUCUGAAUACAUCAAAUAUAAACGGAUAUAAAUCCAACUACAGUGCAUUACAUACAAAUUUUGAUAAUUUAAUAUGGCAGGAAGUGGGAAUAAUUGGUUAUGAAUCAAAUGUUACUAAAUUCAUUUGUCACCUUGAUUCAAAUAUGGCACAUCUGAUGACUGAUGUUGCACGGCGUUAUUGUCUUGUUGGUGAAACACAGAAACUUCUGGGCGGUAAUCGUUUAAUAUCAAACCAUAAAAAUUUAAAUCAUACAGAAUUCCAAAAUUUUCCCAAUGGCAUAAAUACGAAUGGCUUGCAAAAUAUAAAUAUCACAAACUUUACUAAUAACAAUAACACUAUGACAGAUAGUACACAGGAUAGUGGAUUAUUAUCUGACAUUCAGCCUGCAACAAAAAUUUUGAAAUUAGCUGCAUUUUCCGGACCACUAACGCCAACAAUUGACUAUAAUAUAAGAGUUUAUGUGCUAACAGAUACUAAAGAUGCAUUGGAACAUGUUUUGUACGUCGAGAAACGAUUAGAAGGAAGACUGUUAGAUGAUCCAAAGUCAUUAUUAUUCAAAGACAAUGGUGGAGGGUUGUGUUUUUACAUUGAAGAUAUUUCUCCAGGUUGGAGAAGCCGAUUACAAACUAAAUCACAGGAAAUACCAUUCCGGCAUAUCUGGAAUGGUACACAAAUGUCUACGCUGCAUUGUGCAUUUUCACUUGAACAUUUGGAUUCACGACAGCUAAAUGUGUCGUGCAAAAUUAAAGUUUAUCAAGAGAAUUCCCAAUUACAAGAGCAAAUUUUAAAAAUUUCAAACCAAAGAUUUGAGCUGAAAACCGAACAUUCAAGAACAAGAUUCUUCAGUUCCGAAGACCGUAGUUCAGAUAUUCGCUGUUUCCCUAGUUCGUAUCGACUUCCUGUAGUGACUACUCAAAGACUGUGUAAACUGUUGGAUACGAAAGAAGGUGAAUGGCAAAAACUAGCAAAACAUAUGGGAAUGGAGAGGUAUAUAUUUUAUUUGAAAUCACAGCCAAGUCCAACAACAGUUCUUUUAAAUAUGUGGGAAGCUUGUAAUCGUAAUGAACCAAGUGUGAAUGAAUUAAAAACUAUAUUCACCGCCAUGGAUCGAGCAGAUUGCGCAAAUCUAUUAGACUGA